UUAAAAGUUUUCAUCGAGAUAAAUAUGACGAGUCCUACAAUUAUUUAGAUAAAACUUAUUAAAAUUAGUGAAAUUAACCAUGACUGUGUGGCGAAAACUCGAAAAUGAAGAUUGCUACGCUGUCGCCAUAUACAACUUCAACUCGUCGUCGCAUCUCCACCUGGCGCUGGAGGUGGGAGAGCUGGUGCACAUCGUCAGGGAGACGAGGAACUGGUACUGGGGCUCGAGUCUGAGAAGAGAAGCAAAAGGUGCUUUUCCCAAGAACUACGUGACAGUACGAGAGACCAAUGUUGACAAAUGCGGCGAAACAGUGGUGGCGUCUGCUGGCGGCGGCGGAGUGGUACACGAUAUAGCGGUGACGUUGCGAGAAUGGCUGCAGCACUGGAAACAGCUUUAUUUGACAAACGACGACCGCUUCACUUUCAUGGAGCUGAGCAUGCGAGCGCUGCUAGCGCUUCGCGCGCAGGCCGCGUCCAGCGCUAUACCGCAAGACGAGCUACGACGUGUCGCCAGAACCGCUAUAUUCACUAUUGACAAGGGGAACAGAUCGCUAGGCAUGGAGCUGGCCAUCAGGACGGUGAACGGUCAACUCGUGGAUCCCCUCAUCACCUCCACCUUCAAGCUGAAUGGUCUACAUGAUGAGGCGAAUUCCAGGAUCGAUAAGAAUAUGGAGACAACCCCCAGUAGACCGAUAAGUCAGACGCCCACCGCCCGUACCUACACCGUAGUCGGGAAAGUGACCAACUUCGUAUGCCGAGUGUCAGUCACGUCAGAACUGUCGCUAGCCUUACAUGACUCGAGCGGGAACAAACUGACCGAAAGCGUAUUGCUGCGAUGGCCCCCACCACAUUUGGCGGCCGUGGAUCUGCAUAUGAGACCGACGUUCGUGUUCACGGAUCUGUCAAGUGAUAUAACAAAGAAAAUUUUCCUUGUCUGUCAUGUCGUAAGGCUUGGGACGAUGGAGCCACAGAAUAUAGAUCACAGGUUGAUAAUUUUCAGACGCAGUUCGAUGUGUUCUACGGGUUCGGCGAAUCUACUCGGUGCGAUACGACGGCCGUGUGGCGUAGCUGUCACUGAAGUGACACUGUCACCAGGACACGAUACUAAGGAGAUACAGCUACCGUUCUACCCAUGCGAAAAAGAAAACAUGGACUCGUUACUGAAAAAGGUGAUAGCAAAUAGAGACCCGAAAGAUCAGAAGCAGACGCAAGGACUAUGGCUGGAUAUACAACUAGUGGAAGGUGAUAUGAAACAGAUCCAGCAAGAGAACGCCCAUCUCGUCGCGCGACCAACCGCCGUCGCGCGCAAAAUGGGAUUCCCCGAAGUGAUCCUACCGGGCGACGCGCGCAACGACCUGUACGUGACGCUGGUCAGCGGCGCCUUCAGCAGAGGGGGGAAGUCCUCGGACAGGAAUAUUGAGCUGGUCGCGCGAGUUGUGGACAAAAACGGCAAGAUUAUACCGGGUGUGAUAUCGCGCGGAGCGGGUAUGCCUCUAGUCAACGAGUAUACGUCUAUAGUGUAUUACCACGACGACAGACCACGCUGGCAGGAGGUUUUCAAGGUCUGUCUAAACAUAGAAGAGUUUAAAGAAGACCACAUAGUAUUCUUCCUACGUCACCGCAGCUCCAACGAGGCUAAGGAUAGAGCUGAGAAACACUUCGCCCUGGCUUACUUACCGCUGAUGCAGCGAGAGGGCACCACUACGCCGGAUAAGGCGCAUAAUUUGGCCGUGUAUAAGAUCGAAUACAAGAAGACCAGUUCGACCGCGACCACAGAGGAGAUAGAGACAGAAGCGAGCGCCGCGUGUCUCGGUCUGUGGUCGCACCGUGACAAGCUACCGGCCGGCGCUGAUAAGGGGCUGACUCGAGGGCCGCUAGCGCUGAUACCGAGAGACACUCUGACGGUCGAGACAAAGCUCUGCUCGACUAAGUUGACUCAGAGAGAGGAAAUCCUCGGCGUACUAAAAUGGAGUACGCAUCACUCGGAGGGAACGCUACGUGCGGCGCUGCGGCGGCUGCUGCGAGUACCAAACGACGAGCUAGUCAAGUUCUUACAAGACAUAUUAGACGCGCUGUUCUGUAUAUUGACGCAGGUGGACGAAGAUCAAGAAGACUAUACAGAAGAGAGUUACGCAGUCCUAGUAUUGGACUGUCUUCUGCUGGUUCUAUCUCUUGUCGCCGAUCACAAAUACCAACAUUUCCAACCGGUGUUACACGUGUAUAUAGACCAGAGCUUCUGUGACGCUCUGGCUUAUGAGAAACUAAUAUCGAUCAUGGUGUGGACGAUAAGCUCGGCGGAAGCGGGGGAGGCGGGGCCUAAGCGGCUGCUGCAGUGCAUGAAGUGUCUGGAGAGUCUGGUGCGACUGCUGGUGCGGUCGAGACAGCUGCGCGCGGCGCUCGGCGCUCAGCCCGCGCCGCCGGACCUGCCGCACUACUGCCCGCAGCUGAAGCGUCUUCUAGAAGCGCUAGUCUGGCUGAUGCGGUGCGGCGACCACGCGCUAACAUGUCAGGGCUCCGCGCUGAAAUAUCUACCGCACGCCAUGCCGCACAUGAUCAAGAUAUAUCCGGACACUGAGUUGAGUGAAUAUACAGUACUAGCGCUCGAAGCGUUGCCCCGAGGAAGGCUGUCAAACCAACGCCUGCACGCGUUGCUGGAACUAGCGAGGGGCCCCCUGGGUUCGUCGCCGGGGCCCCGGGCGAAACUGUUGCCCCACCUCGCCUGGACGCUGAGGAAUCUACUGCGGGCCCCAGCGGAGUUGGACCCGGACGCGCUGCACAAGUCCCGCUCCGUCGACAAGGCGGCGCGGCUGCUCGGCGCCGACACAGCCAGGUUGUUGGACCACACGCAGCAACAGCAAGUCAUGGAGCUCUGCGUGGAAACUCUAGGUGAAGUGGUAUCACUGCUAGCUCGUGACGACGUCGGUCCAGUUGAGGCUGACAGAGGCGAGCUGGCUCGAUGUCUGCUGCCCACAGUGCUGAGGAUAGCGGCUGCCAUGAUGCGAGAUCGGGGGAAGGAUGAUGGUGCCCAGGAUGAUCCUUUACUGAGGAAACUAAUCUGCGUACUUCUAGACAUGGUUCGUCAGAUGUCCGAAGAACAGUACAUAGUUGUGAUGCGAUCCAUUGACGCGGAAAAUUCUAGAAGUACCGGUGUGUUGGUGACUGAUGCAUUGGCUCUCAUGAUGGCUCUACUACAGCGCCCUGUGUUCAGAUCGUACUGGGCCGAUAUGCUACAUCUACAACAUCACGUGAUGCUGCAUGCUUGCAGGCUACUAGCAUUAACACUUCGCGAGAACCUCAGGGCCGCCGAAGACGAUGCGGAAGCGUUGGCAACAGUUCAAACCAGUUUCCAAGACUGGUUCAGUACUGUAUGCGCGGUGGCGUCGUCACCGCCGCUGCAGCUAGAGAGUUUACCUGCGUCGCGACGCCAGCGCGCGCUCGCACUUUACGGUGAUGUACGCAGGAGCGCCGCGACGCUGUUGGCUGAUACUUGGAAAAGCUUAGGUGACUACAAGCGUCUUUUUAUACCCCAACUGGUCGGGCCGUUAUUGGAAGUGAGUUUUCUGAGGGACGAGGAAGUGAGGAACACCACGAUACCGCUUUUCUUCGACAUGAUGCAGACUGAAUACAACCGAAAUGCAGAAAAUGGUGAAGCUAACAUGCGUACUUUUGAAACGGAGCUGAUAGACAAAGUGGAUCUCUUAGCGGAGGCGGGUCGUGGAGAUGCGGCUUGGCGGGCGCGGUUAGCGGUGCUGUGUGGCGGAUUAUGCGCCAAAGCGGAUAGCGGGUUACAGGCGGCAGGUGGAGCGCUAGUGGCGGCGGCGGCGCGACAGCUCGACGCGCUGCUGCAGUAUCGCGCGGCGCCGCACCACCAGCGCGUGCAGCUCGUCACACGAGUGCUGAGGUUUUACGAGCAUAUAGAGCGACCGCACAUGUAUAUACGCUACGUCCACCGUCUAGCCGACAUGCACUGCUCGUCCCAGCACUGGGCGGAGGCGGGUCUGACUCUGCAGUUGCACGCCAAACUGCUGGAGUGGAGCGACGCGCCGCUGCCGACUCGACUGCGGCAUCCGACUGUGCACACGCACAAGACGCAUUUACAGCUGAAGAUGUAUCUAUACGAAGAAGUAGCUAGGCUACUAGACGAAGGCCGACAGUGGGAGCUAGCGGUGCGCGCGUUACAGGAGCUAGUGCGAGUGUGCGAACAACGCGCCAGUCACACCACACUAGCCAAACUACACGAGCAACUAUCGAGAUUGUACAGAGCGCCGAUAAUUGAAUUACGAAUGCCGGCGACGUAUUUCCGAGUCAAAUACUUGGGGAGGGGAUUCCCCGAUCAUCUGAGAGUGCCAAGGGGUUUCGUGUACCGCGGCAACGAGUGCGAGAUGCUGCAGAGCUUCAAGGAACGCAUGCUGGAUGAAUGGCCGGACGCCGAAGUGCUACUGAAGCUGGACGAACCCGGGGAAGACGUCACAGACUCUGAUGGACAGUAUCUACAAAUCAACACCGUAGCCCCUCUAAUGUCGGAGAAGUGGCACUAUCUACUGGAGUGCGGUGCGGACGAGCAAGUCGUCCGGUACUAUGAACACAACGAUGUCAGUGUGUUCGAGUUCUCGCGGCCUUUCCAUAGACCCGAAGAUACAAUAAACGGGAAUGACGUGUCCGGAGGCAACGAAUUCGGUUCGCUCUGGCUGGAACGCACAGAAAUUGAGAUCAGCGAUACUUUACCGGGCAUCCUCCGCUGGUUCCCGGUGGUAUCUUCGCGGACAUACUGGGUGUCCCCGCUCGAGGUCGCCGUGGAGACCAUGACCAAGACCAACAGGGACCUCAAGCAUGCGAUAUCAGAGGCGAGGAACACGCAGGCCUCGCUCAACCCUCUGUGUAUGAGGUUGCAGGGUAUACUCGACGCGGGCGUCCAAGGCGGGUUGGACAACUACGAGAAGGCGUUCAUGACGGCGGAGUACGCGGCCAGACAUCCCGAACACGAGACGCUGUUGACCAGACUGAAGGAGUUAGUCGCUGAUCAGUUACCCCUGUUACAGCUAGGUCUAGAAGUCCACGCGAGCCGAACAACGCAGAGGGAGCUCCACGCACAUCUCAUGGAGUGUUUCAAAAAUAGACAACGACAUGUGCACCAGAGAUACGGACGAAGGAAGCCGAUAGUGGAAUUAGAACCGGAGACGCCCGAAGUGCAGCUGCGCAGCGUCCGCGACAGCGUCGACUUGGAGCCGCGACUGAACAAGCGCGUGUCGGACGUGUCCAGUGGCAAUGAGUCGACACCAAAAUCCAAAUUCAAGCUGAACUCCGCCAUCAGUUGGACGAGGAACAGCAGCACUGGAACGCUAACGCCGCGAAAAAAACGGGGCAGAAAGAGCGAAGGCAGCGCGCAGUCAAGCGCGAGUCAGUGGUACACUUCCGCAACAAACGGCCACGUCAACGUCAACAUACACAGCCCCAUAGCGAGCGCCAUCAACAGCGCUUUCAGUAGCGCCCUCAACAGCCCCGUGCUGGGCAACCACAACAACAACUACAGCCUCGCCACAGACAAUGGCAACCUGCGGGAGCUGCGACAGGAGCUGGUGACAGAGCGGCCGCCGCGUUCAGAAGUGGAGAGAGAUCGGAGACUGUCGCAGCGAACGAGCUUCAUCACGAACUCGGAACCACCGUCUAAUAGAGAUUCGCUAGGCACUACAGACUCCAACCAAGACGACGAAGAGCCCCCACCGUUACCGCUCAAACAGUCACAACGGUCGGUAGAAGAAGACCAGCCGACCCUCCCAGCUAGACACAGCUACGAUCUAGUGCUUACGCCGAGAACUAGCUACCUACAUAGACGACCUAUGAACAGUAACAACGAAAGAGCGCCCACGCCUCCGCCUAAGAAGAGGAAUCAGGUGAAUUCGUCGUAAGAAAGCGGUCUUACAAACGAUAGUUGACAGUUAUAUUAUUGGUACCGUAGAUAUAUUUUGUUUGAAGAUACAAGGAAUGUGUAUUAUUAUAAUACAAGUGUUCUAGUGUGAACUUUAUAAAAGUCGAAAAAAUGCUGCUACAGUUCGACAAAUUGAAUGUGUCAAUGUCAGUCAAUGUGCACUGCUGGUAAA